UACCAGUGGACACACUGUGUUGUCAUGGCAACGUGGAAGCUACAGCUAUUGAAUUGCAAGAAUGAGGCCUAAAAGUUUUGUGCUUUUAGGACGUACAACAGUAACAAAACCACCGACACCGAGUCCCUGGCUGACCGCUGCCUGACCAUGACGGCUGUUGUUCGACCCGGGGCCACCAUUAUAGAGCUGUGCCAGGAUGCAGACAAGUUCCUGGAGGCCGGAGAGCUGGGGAGGGCCACGUCUCUCUACAUGUGUGCCUUUAGAACUCACGCAGCAUCCACUGUAUCUCACAUGCGAAACCUGGCGAGAUUGAGCCUGGAUGGGGUAAUCUCUACCCUGGAAUGCUGGCUCGACAGUGACGGGGAAGUCCAUCUCCCCGAGGGUCUUAAUAGAGGCCUGGUGGCUGUGUUUUUGUCCACGCUCUGCCCGAACAAUAUAUCUGCCACCAUUUUCAAAAUGGAGUCUCUGCUUUUGAGUGGUGGUCAUGGUUGCGAGGAGAUUUCCGCUCGCUGCACUGCCCUGCUUGAUGGGAAGCGAAACCCUUAUCCAGAAGGUUCGACUCGUGUGGUGUUGGAGAUAACUCGGGCCCUUGCAUGUUUGUUCUCAGAGCCUCAGAGCGUUAAGGGGCUGAACUUGUACCUCAAAGCUUUCCACAAUAACAAGACUGAAACCAUCACACUGGUCAAGAGCAGACAAGCUCAGCACCUUUCCAUAAUCUUGAAGGCCUUUACAGAUCAAAUCCUACAUUUGAAUCCCUCUCUGGUGUUUGAAAGCAAACAUUCCACAGCGACAAAGGAGGAAUUAGACAUGAAUACGGCUGAAAUGUUGGAGUUUGUGUUGGCUAUUUCACCAGGUAAUGUAGUCACGCAGGAACUUCAAGCAGCACAUUUGUUUUUGUCAGGCAGGUUUGGGGAGAGUAUAGAGAUGUACUCUGUUAUCCUACAGCAAAGUCAUAGUCAGCAAGAAACAGGCAGCAGUGCAGAAAAGUCCAUCAAAGAGACACUUGAGAGGAGAGCCAGACUCUUAACAGCUCGAGCAGCUGCCUGCUUCUCAGCAGGAGACCGCACACUGGAAGCCUGCCAAGAUCUUGGCAAGGCAUUCCAGAUCAAUCCCGCCACUACUCAAGUUUAUUUCCAAAAGCUCUUUACCGAUAAGGGCACAGGGAUGGCCGCACGCAACCACCUGUGCCAGCAGGCGGAGCGGGGCCUGUCUGGCUACAGGGAGAGGGUCACUAGUCGUCCAGACCUUCGGUCCACUGAUGGAGUAGAGCUUCUGGACCCUGUCAUAACUCAGUUACGGACUCUGUGCCAUUUGGAGCCAGACGGUGGAGGCAGAGAGCUGCGGGUUCGUCUGACUGAUUGUCUCCUUCUCAGAGGGGAGCACAAAGAGGCCCUCUCCAUAUGUGGUCAGCUUGCUGCUUCCAAAGGUCAGCAGAGCUACCAGAACACAGUGCGGGUCCUUCGCGGGUAUGCGCGACUUCUCUCCGAUGACCACAAAGGAGCGCUAGAGGAUUUUCAGGCUGUGAUUGGACACAGCGCCCCGCAUCCUUCCAGCUGUGUGCGGGCGCUCUGUGGCAGGGGUCUCCUGCGCAUGCUGAGCAGCUCGUACUACCUUGCGGCGUUGGACUAUGUGACAGCCAGCAGGCUGCAGCCUCGGGAAGCUGCACUGACGGUGCGCUGCUUGGUGCCAUGGAACUGCCGAGGGCUGCUGUUUACUGUUUUACUGGAGCAAGGAAGAGUGAUGCUGGAGGGAAUGAAGGAGAAGCAACCCACCUGCAGCACUGAUGAGCACUCCCAUCUGCACCUGGGAGAAGAUCAGCUCCAGCCCCCAUCUAAGAGAGACACCAACAGAACUGGGUAUGAUGGAGCACCAGCGACACCUGCUGGAGUCCAGUCACUGGCAGCACUUCUGAUGGAGCUCCAGCCCAGUGCUGAUGGAGCUCAAAUCCUGGCAGCAGAUGCCUUGUAUCAGCUUGGCCGAGUGGAGGAAGCAUACCGGCUGCUGCUUGCUGUUGGGCCCACCAGCCCCCGAGCACCCAUCCUGGCGCGCCUCACACUGCUGCAGCUACACAGAGGCUUCCUUUAUGACACCAACCAGCUUCUGAAAAAGCUCAUCCAGUGUGGCGAUACCAGCUGCUUGUGCCCCCUGUUGGCAGUGGCACAACAGAAGGACCGGGCCCUUCUGCAGGGACACUGUCACUCUGCUGCAAAACGCAUCCUGGAUGGCACAAGUGAAGAGAGCGCUGUCAGGGAGGCGGUGGCGUAUCUGUCCAUUGCGAUCAUGGCUUCUGGUGGUGAGGCUGCUGACUCCUUGCUGGAGAGAGCGAGGUGUUACGCCUUGCUGGGCCAACGAAAAACUGCCAUCUUUGAUUUCAGCACUAUUCUGAAAGAGAACCCGAAACAUGUGCAGGCCUUGUGUGGAAGAGGCUUCACCUAUCUCAUGCUCAACCAACAAAAGGAGUGCACUGAGGACAUCCUGGUGGCUCUUCACAUUAACAGCAACACGGUCACUAAGGACAUCCUGUCGCUCAAGGACAAGGCUCAGAAGCUGGUUUGUGAUUGGAUGCAUCAGUUGUGUCGGUCCAAACUGUCAGAUGUCCUUGUUGCAAAUGCUGUCCCCUGUCAGGAGGAGCAGCUCAGAGAGACUUUUGUAAUCAGCACAGCUCUAAUGACGACUGACUGCAGAGAUCCUAGAUGGCAUCUCCUCCAUGUUGACAUACUCUUAGCCAAAGGAGAAAUGAAAGCAGCAGCUGCUCACCUGGUACAGGUGUUUGGCCAGGAGCCCAGGGAUGGCGCGGCCCAGGCCCGGGUGGGCGUGGUGGAGGCGUGGCAGCAGAACUACCACAGUGCAGCUCACAGGUUCAGCAAACUGAUUGAGAAAGACCCCUCGAGUCUGGAGUUUUUGCUGGAUUUGAUCCCCUUAAAUCAGCAAAAACGCGUGGCACAGGCUGCAGCACAGGAGGCGAGCAGCAUGUCCUCAGGGGGUCAGUGGGACCUGGCUCUGCCCCUGCUGACUGUGGCAGUCCAAGUAACAGGUAACCAUAAACUCCAGUACUUACGCCAGCGAGCCGCCUGCCUCGCCCAGCUGGGCUUACAUGAGCAGGCUGUCGCCGACCUGGACAGAGUGAUCCAGAAACACAGUCGCUGUGAGUCCAGUUGCUCAGAAGACGCAUGCAUCCAGGCCGAGGAUCUGUGUCGGCGAGGUCGCAGCCACGUGCUCUGUAGCAGACAAGGUCUGGCUGUGGAGGACUUUAGCCGAGCCCUGGAGCUCCACAGGGACCAGGCCAUCCGAUGCAUAGAAGCUGGACUAGGGAGGCAGCAUGUGUCCGAAUGCUUCCUGCGGGGGGCGCUGCAGCAGUACGGGGAGCAGCAGCUCAGUAAAGCCUGGGCAAUGAUUGAAUCCGGACUGCUGGUGGACGGUGAGAACACAGAACUCCGUGGACUGAGGGCAAAGGUCAAACGAGAGGUCUCCAGCCCCUGCAUUGUUGGCUAGUGCUGACAUUUGCACAGGAUCUUAAACAGCACAGAAUAAUAUGUCACUCUGGUUCCUGUUUAACAGGAAUUAAAUGAAUGUGAAUCUAAUCUAGAAUUUAAAAAUCUUUUACAAACUUUUCAGAACAUGUAGUGUGCUGAUAAUUUUUACGAUGAGGACUUUAUGCAGGGUUACAGAAUGUUUGAUGUUCAAAUUAAGUUCAUAGUAUUAACAUUUGUGUUUUGUAGUAUUUAAUAUUUUCACAAUAAAUUUUAAAUAUGGUGAAAUUUAGGAACAUUUUUUUUCAUUCCGGCUUUAUUUUAUGAACCACUUCUGCACAUCACACCUUCUGGAUUAAAGCUGGAUUUUGUUUCACAUCUGUAAUGUAACGGUCUAAUUGUUGUGAAACAAUCACAAUAUGAUAUGAAAUAAAUCAUGCGGCAUAAAGUAGCAUAAUUCAGAUCACACCUACUGAAGAUAACAAAUCUAAGAAAGUGCCCAACGUGCAGGUUUGAUGGUUUCAAUGAAGAAGAGGCACAAUUUUCUUAAAUCAUGUCCACAGACAGGCAAAAAUACAACAAAAUACAAGUGUAUACUAAAAUAAACCACAAAAGACCAGUUCCAUCAAAUAUGUUUAAGUAAAAUAGUGUAUUUUUGUAUUUUUAAAACAAUCCAAAACCUGUUUGUCUGCAAAAGCAGUUUUGAUUGUACAA